GUCCGCUGCCAUGUUGCCGGAUAAGGUUCCAGCCGGGCACCUCCUUCUCCUCCUCCUCUGCACAGCUGCUCUUACCAGCGUUGCUGGCUUCAACUGCCACCCGCGGCCGGCAAACCAAACGGGCUGACACAUCUCUGCUCCUCACAUCCCGGUCGAGCCAGCCUUCUCGCCAUGCCUGCUGUCAUCUACUCAAUCGAAGGAAAGGGCCUCAAGCUCAACACAGCCGAGGACGUCCGGGAGUUUGUCCAGGAGAUUAAUGCUUUGCCUGCCCUCGAGGAGAUCCGCUUCUCGGGCAAUUCGCUCGGUGUCGAGGCCGCCAGAGCCCUGGCUGCUGCCCUCAAGGACAAGCAUGCGCUCAAGACUGCCCAGCUCAGCGACAUCUUCACCAGCCGUCUCAGAGACGAGAUCCCGCUUUCUCUCGAUGCCUUUGUCGAGGCUCUUGAGGACAAGAAGCACCUCACAACCCUCGAUCUCUGCGACAAUGCCUUUGGUCCCGCUGGUGCCCAGCCCCUGAUGCGGCUCCUGAUCAACAACCGCCACAUCGAGAACCUGCUGCUCAACAACUGUGGUCUCGGCAUCGAGGGUGGCCGCCUCAUCGCCUCUGCCCUGACCGAGGCUCACGAAAAGUCUGUUCAGGAGGGCGCCGAGUCCAAGCUCCGGGUCUUUGUGGCCGGUCGUAACCGCCUCGAAAGCAAGGGCGCCGAGUACCUGGCCAAGGCCUACGAGCUCCACAACAAGCUGGAGGAGAUCCGCAUGCCCCAGAACAGCAUUCGGCCCGAGGGCAUCACCCUCCUGGUCCGGUCGAUCGAAAUGUGCAAGCACCUGCGAUGGCUCGAUCUGCAGGACAACACCUUCACCGACAAGGGAUCGGCUGUCCUCGCCCAGGCCCUGGGCUCGUGGCCUGACCUUAAACACCUCAACGUUGGCGACUGUCUCCUCGGUGCCAAGGGUGGCAUUGAGGUCAUCAAGGCCCUGACCGACACCCACCCUGGUCUGGAGAAGCUGCACCUCGGCUUCAACGAGAUCAACAUCAAGGGCGCCGAGCUCAUCCCCGAGAUGCUCCAGAACAAGAAGCAGCUGACUCUGCUGGAGCUCAACGGAAACUGCUUCGAAGCCGAAGCGGAUGCUGUCUCGUCCAUCAAGAGCGUCUUGCGGUCGCACGGACACGAGGAUGCGCUGGACGAGCUCGAUGAGAUGGAAGAAGAAGAGGAAGAGGAGGAGGAAGAAGAAGAGGAAGAGGAAGAGGAAGAAAAGGAUCAGGAAGAGGAGCAGAAGGAGGACGAUGUCGAUCAGCUCUCGAAUGCGGUCAAGAAGCUCUCCAUCUGAGUGUCCACACCCAAUCCUGCGCUGGCCCCUGCUCCUGACUCUGCGCCUGCGACCUCCUAAGGCAUGCGUACAACGGUGGAAAGAGCUGUAGCUGUGCCAUCUCGAAUACAUUCGCAUCCUGUCCGAUCUCCAUAACCGGGUGAUUCGUUUGUCCGGCAACGAGCAGCGAGUCGCUUGUGAAUGAAUGAAUGAAUCAAUAAACGCACGCUCGUUGGUGCGUUGACAUGA